CGUACUCUCAACAGCCGUAGCAAUGUGAGAAUCAAAGGCCAUCCUUGACUUGAAUGUGGGUUGUGUGUGCCCCCGCUGCAAGAUGAAUGCCGAUGUGAACCGAAAAGUUAUGGCCAUCCAGGCGAAAAAGAAGCGUUCAAAAGGUCCCAAGUCCAAGCUCAAGGGUCGCUCCGAUGCAUCUGACAAGAAGCGGAAUGAGUCUCAGUACGACUAUGCGGGUGAGGAUGAGGAGGAAGAGGAGGAGAUCCUGGGCUCUGACGAUGACGAACAAGAAGAUCCUAGGGACUAUUGCAAAGGGGGCUACCACCCGGUGAAGAUAGGAGACCUCUUUCACAGUCGGUACCACGUAGUCCGGAAGCUGGGCUGGGGCCACUUUUCCACCGUCUGGCUUUGCUGGGACCUCGUGGGCAAGCGGUUUGUGGCCCUCAAAGUUGUGAAGAGUGCCUCGCAUUACACAGACACUGCCCUAGACGAGAUCAAGCUUCUCAAGGCGGUUCGAGAUAGCGAUACAGACGACACAUGCCGAGAGCGGGUGGUGCAGCUUCUCGACGACUUCAAGAUCUCUGGAGUCAACGGGACCCAUAUGUGCAUGGUUUUCGAAGUACUGGGACACAAUUUACUCAAAUUGAUCAUUCGAUCAAAUUACCAGGGCAUUCCACUACCCAAUGUGCGAGCCAUCAUCAGACAGGUGCUAGAAGGUCUGGAGUACUUGCACACCAAGUGCCAGAUCAUCCACACGGAUAUCAAGCCUGAGAACAUCCUGAUAGCUGUGGACGACGCCUACGUCCGCAAGCUUGCCUAUGAGGCCACCCAGUGGCAGAAGAUGGGGCUACGCCUUCCUGGUUCAUUGGUGAGCACGGCCCCCAAGGAGCUCCGCACGGUACCGACUCUGCCGUCUGAGGGUGCCGCUGGCGGAGCUGGAGCGGCUGGUGCAGGCGGAGGGUCCGCCUCCAAGAUGUCGCGCAACAAGAAGAAGAAACUGCGCAAGAAGGCCAAGCGUCAGCAGGAACUGCUUGAGCGGCAGAUGCAGCAGCUGGAGGAGCUCGACAUGGAGGAGGACGAGGAGGAAGGGGGCCACGGUGAACAGGAAGGCAGCGGAUCCCUCAACGGAGGGGGCCCGACCCUGGGCAGCCCUCCUGACAUGCCGCCGCAAGAGGGUGCACUGCUUGGAGACGGCAUGGACUGGACCCGAAGCGUGGAAGGCGGGGACCCCUCGUGGGCCGGAGGCGAUGUCUGCAAUGGUCACCGGGGAGACGGAGCCGCGCGGACAACCAUGGGCCGCCUUGAACGGUCGGAAAGCACCCUGGCACCCCCCACACCAACUGCGCAACUGCGGAGGGUGGCCUCCUGCCCUGAAAACCAAAAACCUCCAGAGAAGAUGGCCGAUCCUGUGCAUGAAGUUUGUAAUAUAUCUGUAAAAAUAGCUGACCUUGGAAAUGCCUGCUGGGUGCAUCACCACUUCACGGAGGACAUACAGACGAGGCAGUACCGAUGCCUCGAGGUCCUCUUGGGAGCCGGCUACGGCACACCUGCCGACAUCUGGAGCACAGCCUGCAUGGCAUUUGAGCUGGCCACGGGCGACUACCUUUUUGAGCCGCACUCUGGGGAGGACUAUAGUCGAGACGAAGACCACCUGGCCCACAUCAUUGAACUCCUCGGAGAGAUCCCCAGGCACAUUGCCUUUUCGGGCCGAUACUCCAGGGAGUUCUUCAACAAGCGAGGGGAACUGAGGCACAUCAGCAACCUGAAGCCAUGGGGCCUCUACGAGGUGCUAACGGAGAAGUACGACUGGAGCCCCUCGGACGCACAGGCAUUCGCCGACUUCCUGCUACCCAUGCUGGCUUAUGACCCGGCCAUGCGGGCCAAGGCCUCCGACUGCCUGCGGCAUCCCUGGCUUGCCGCGCAGACGCCGCCCAGUGACGGCACCGGGAACAACAGCACUUCUGCCCACCGAGACGAGCCCGUCGUCUCGUCCGUGGCGCGUCCCCCUCCCUCCUCGCCGAACCAGCGUCGGCCUCCGUCGUCAUCGUCGUCGUCCUCGUCGUCAUCCUGAGAAGGCCGCCCCUGCUCGUUGUCUGUGUGUUGUGGUGUGUUCCAACAGAGGAGGACCUGCUGCAUUCUGAGGGUGAAGUGCGGCUGACAGCAGCAGCAGGGGGUCGUAUCAACUCCUCAACUUGCACACGCUGCAGCGUUUUCUGGGGGAGUGGUUGGGAGGGGGGGGGGGAGGGGGGGCAGGUGCCUUCUUGGUGCGCUUCUUUGGCAAGAGGUGGCUAUAAGGCGCGCCAGUUGGCUGCCAGUGCUGCUGCAUAUCUGGAGCCCCUAUGUUUAGAAAGACUGGGCUGCUACUUCUCGGCUCGCUCGUUCUGCUUGACCCUGCUGCGUGUCAGGUGGCCUGUAUAUGGAUCUUGUCAAUUGUCCGGCUCCUUAUCCCUCUAUGUUCACUCCCAAACCUAGCUGCAACAGUGAGAGAGGACUUGGUUCUUGUUAAAGCAAGGCACAGUUGCGAUAGUAUUGCUGUCCCUUGUUUCCCCGCAUAUCCUGGCAUUGGUUAGCUGUGUGCAAGUUUGGGGAAGUUUGCAGAAAAUGUAAUGUGGCCUGUGCAGCAGCAGCAGCAUUUUUUUUUCUUUGCAGGUUUGACCGCUGAAUUGGUGACAAAUUGGCCUUCGUCGCCAACAUUCUGAUCAGAUAUGUUUUGCAAGUAGUCGACUGCAUCAUUGCAAUGCCUCAAGAAUGGACCUUUCUCCGGCAUGGCUACGACUAUGUUUCGGCUUAAAUUGCAGCGGGGGCACGCAUUUUCCUUUUUCUGUAUGUCACAAAAAUUUAUGAAGCACUGUCUGCGAGUGAAAUUCACCAGCUUCAUGUAAUUAAAUGCCUGACAGUAGCUCGCGCAGUGUGCUUGUGUAAUUAUUUCCGGUUGUACGACCACUUCCACGAGCUUUCGCGUGACUUGGGCACUGAAUGUGUGUCUACGGGCAACCAUGUUCCAGGCACUGUGUCAGGCAGGGUAUCUUUGCACAUUGCUAGGAAUGCUGUUGCCCGUUGAUGCCGACAUAUCCGGUACAGAGUCAUGUGAAAUCCUGCAAAAUAGAUUGUACCCUUUGGAGGGAUCGCUUGAGAAUGCUGCCCUUCUUGCUAAUUAAAAGGUAUGCUGUAUUUGGAAACCUUGUGGGCCGGGUGUUUCAUAUGUGUGAAUUCCAAGGUGUCAGUUCUUGACAUUGCGCAGAACACCAAUUUGAUUGUAGUCGGAUGACUGGAGCAUGUUUGAAAGUACUGGCUUUAGGGAUACUUGCACACAUCGUCGUUCACUUCAGCUGUGGUUGGAAUGGCUGCUUGCAUGAGCAGGAAACUGCUUAGUGUUUCAUCCUGGAGCAAGUGGAGUGCUACCAUUGACAUGAGAAAAGCUUUGCCUAUUGUAAAGAAAUAAACCUUAAUUAGAGCUUCCUCAGAAAGCACUUUGCGGAAUUCUCGCCAAAAUAUUCUCGAGGCUAGAUAUUUUGGGGAACUUGCUUGUGGUUUUUAUGGAUCACACUGCUGUUGACAUAAGGAUGGAAUUCGCUUCAUUGCACGUAGUUACACCGCUGUGUUUUGAGUAACGAGAUCUGCUAAUUGAUAUCAGAAUUGUACUCCCAAAUAUUUGCUUGCAUUUAUUUUUGGAUUGCUUGUCAUCUGCUAGCCUGGUCCAGAAAAACUGCGGAUGGCUACAGAAACUUGUACCUAGCAUUAGUUAAAGCUGCCCACUGAGCCCGACAGGGCUCGACGUAGGCCAAUGUGGGCCCACGGUCGGGCUACGUUGCUGGAUUCUGUUUAAAAUUAAUUGCGCACCACCAUACCUCCUAGAAUGUUCACAUUGCGACUGCUAUUGCGCAACCAAUUCCUGUAGGUUUGCCCCCCAUGAGACAGCUUGUGGAUAAGUCUUUGCAGAAGCAAGGUUUUGCAUCUGGCUGGAGCUUGUUAAGGUCUUGUAUUUUUGGGUGAAGUGUCUUGGGGGCAGCCCCGAGUGCGUUUCAGCCUGGCCUAGUUAGCAGCUGUGGACUGGACACUUGAACCUAGUUGGCACCUCGGUAGUUUGAAAUGUUUCUUUUCGUAGUUCGCAUGCAGUGUGUACCUAUUUGGUGCGUCUGUGCACUCUACGUGAAAUGAACUGCAUUAUUCACGAGGGCCCAGUGUGCAUUUUUAUUCCCAAGAGGCGUUCUUGCUUUUGACGCAUGUAUCGAGGUGUGUAUGCUGUAUGGUUGCGUAAGAAAAAAAAUUGAUGAAUGAAGUUCAGGGGUUGCACUUCUCCUUUUCUUUUUUUUCUUUUUUUUUUCUUUCUUUCAAAAGUGCUUUUUAAGUUAUGCUAAUAAAACUCGCCAAAGAGUA